AUGCAGGAGCACAUCCGACGGGCGCAUCCCAACCACUACAUUCCGAAGCUCCCGGCUACCGAAGAAAGCUUUCUCUUGAUGGUUACCACGCCUCCGGAUCAGCGUGCUCAUAUAUCUGCUCCGAACCAAGCUCCAUCUCGAAGACAUAAUGCAGACCGAGAUAUCUACGUUGCGGAUGCCAGCUCGCCUGCAACCCCCCGGGGUAUCGAUGAAGCUCAUCCUGCAGCUGCAACAGCUGCUGUCGCAUUGGCUCAAUUGCACCAUCACCGCUUAGCGUCGGACUGGGAUACUGAUAUGGAGGUCCACUCGGAUAACGACAUUGGUCGAGACCGCAUGCGAUCAUCGAUUGAACUUCCAUCCCUGCGAGACCACUUCAAGCAAGAAUCGCUACCUCCAUUUUCGUCGCCCCGUCCACGAGGACUUCUCCCUUCAAUUCUCAACCACUCUCCUCCGGGUCGCUCAUCGACACUACCUCCUAUCCAGCGACGAGACAAGCUGCCUCGUCCACGCAAGUCCUCUAUCUCUCGCAAGCUAAAGCAUGACCGGACAAGAUCGAAAGAAUAUGGACGACGUCCUAGCCUAGGGGAUCGCAAGGCACUUUCGGCUGAGCCUCAAACGGCGGCUUGGGCGCAAGGCAAGCGGUGGGAGGACCUGAUUGAAGCGGCCACCUCGGCCACUGAAGCAGAUGAUGAGCAAAACUCUGAUAUCGGUCGUUCGCCAACAAUUCCCCCUUUGAUUUCUAACAUAACGUCGGCCCCCGCUCAGAAUCGUUCGUCGUUACCACCUGCUUUUCAGUCUGGAAGUCUGCCUGCGCCUGCGUCGCAUCGCCCAUUCCCUCCUCACUCGUACGCGGCAUCGCCUUUGCACAAGUCCCUCACUCCGCCGCCUUUUGAGACUCGCAGUCGGGAUGGUGAUCUCGAGCCGUUCCCCUCUAUUGAAUCUCUCGAUUCGUCGUCCACCACAUCAGGUAAAAAUUUCAGUUUCGGAAGAAACAUGGGCACCUCUGCGAAUUCAGACUCCAGUCCAGUUCUGAAUCUGUUCCCGCCUUCUGCGUCCCAGCGCCAGCACCACCGGUUCUCAAACCCGACCCCAGCUUCAUUCCGAAACAAGGAAAUUCAGAUAUACUGUGCGAGCUGCAAGCGGCCGUGGGCCCUGAACGAAUGUUAUGCGUGCACCGAGUGCAUUUGCGGCGUAUGCCGGGAGUGUGUGGGAAUGUUCGUUAGCAGUCCACCCGUCUCGUUCAAGAACGUGACCUCAAGUCCGGGCAGCGCAGUGCCUAGCAACAGCGCGGGGUACGGGCCUACCAGCUACCCGAGCCCGCGUGGAUGUCCACGGUGUCGGACCGUCGGGGGCAAGUGGAAAGCAUUCCAAAUCGAAAUCAGGUGA